AUGGAUGAUGGUGAACUUAUUGGGGCUGUCUUCAUGGAUUUUAGUAAGGCGUUUGAUUCAGUCAAUCAUGAUGUACUUCUAAGGAAACUUGCUAAAUACCAUAUUAGUCAACAGGCCUUGCAGUGGUUUACAUCCUAUUUAGAUGGUUGCUCUCAACAAUGUUCUGUAUUAGGAUCACUUUCAAGUCCUCUGAUGUUGGAACGAGGAGUUCCACAAGGAUCGAUAUUGGGACCAUUACUCUUUUCCAUAUAUAUAAAUGACCUGCCAAUGUCUCUUGGAGAAGCUAAUGCGGAUAUUUAUGCGGAUGAUACAACACUUUGGUCAAGUAGCAAGUCGUGUGAUGAAAUCCAGCAAACAUUACAUAACGCAUUGGACAUUACAGAACAAUGGCUCACAGUCAACAAUAUGGUAUCAAAUACUACUAAAUCAAAGAAAUCAUUGAUUGGAACAGUGCAAAAACUUCAUCAUUCUGACAAAGAUGAAUUGGAUCUCUACCUGAAUGGAACUAAGCUCAGUGAGAUCAAAAACGAAAAGCUUUUGGGAAUCAAACUUGAUAAACAUUUAAAAUGGAACAAACACAUUGAGUAUUUGAUUAGAAAACUAAACUCUAGAAUUUGUCUCCUGAAAAGGGCGAAAGAACAUCUAACAAUUCACUGUAGAAAGUUACUCUACAAUGCGAUUAUAAAGAGUACUGCUGUACUGUUUGGGGCAAUUGCUCCAAAGAACAACUCAUCAGAUUAUUGA